AUGCCACCUCCCCGCCGUCGCUCCGGCAAUUCCUCGACCGCAGGUCACCAACAAACCCUCUCCUUCGGCCCCAAAUCACGAGUAUCCAAACCCACAUCCGUACCCGCGUCCCUCAAGAAUGCAAAAAACACCUCUUCUCCCUCUCCCCCUGCCCGAUCUCGCUUGAUCGCCGUUGAAAUCUCCAACAAGGCGCACCGCAGUUCAAAGUCUGCAUCGCCAGAAGCACCGGAUGUCGUGGACCCGGUGGUAGAUCCGCAACCUAUUGCCGCGUCAUCCAAAUCCGAAAAUGUCGUUCGCGAGCAAGCGCGCGAACAGGUUCAAUUGCCCAGGUCAGCGGAAGACCGGAGGGCGGAGGAGUUAACCGAUAGGGAUAUCCGGCGGUACUGGCAUGCGGAGGAAGCGAAGCGGAUUGCGCCUAGAGUGCAUCAAGAAGGACUGAGUGUGAACGAAAAGAUACUCCGGCACUUUGAUUUAUCAAACCAAUACGGGCCUUGUAUUGGUAUUGCUAGGAUAAAACGCUGGCGUCGAGCCCAUAGAUUGGAUCUCCAUCCACCCAUUGAAGUUCUCGCGGUGUUGCUGAAAGAAGAAGCGCAAGGCGUCGCCCGGGAGAAGGCAUAUAUCGACGAAUUAUUGUCAUGA